UGACUAGGUUAAGUUGAGCCGCGCGCGUAUUGCACGUGCUUAUCAUAAAACUGCAGUGUAAAUAUAUUUAAUAAAUUCUAUUUGAUGUAUAAAGUGUGUACAAAUUUUUAGCAAAUCAAUCGUGAUAAAAGUAACGAAAUUUAAUUAACAAUGGCGACCUCGUUAGCAGCGCAGCUUAAAAAGCUCAGGACUCCCCAGACAGAUUUAUUAUUGCAAGAUAAAAAACGGGCCAGUUUACUGUUCGAUCCGAAGGAAGCUGCGAAUUUGGACAGGGACACCGUAUUGAGUAUAGGUCAGAGCGGUCUACAAGAGUUGGUGAAGCUCUCUGUACUCUUUGACAACUUCAAAACGACUUUGUUCGCUCAAAGUUCCCUGAGCUUUGAGCGUGCGGUUCAGGAUGCGACAGUGAACAAGAAAUUGGACGCAGAGAUUACAAAAUUUCUGCUGCUGUUGUCACCAUACUUUUUACUGAACGCUACCCAUAAAGCUCUGGAAUGGCUGGUGCACAGAUAUCACGUUCAUCAGUACAACCGAGACCAGUUCAUGCUUUUGAUUCUGCCGUAUCAUGAAACUCGUAUGUUUGUUAGAGCUCUACAACUGGUGGAUCUCUCGAACGCAGCUGACAAAUGGCACUGGCUGGCACCCUUGCAGAAACGUGGCGUGCCAUUGGCCUCAGGAACCCUUGUUAAUCGCUUGAGCACAGACAAUGGUUUCCUGAAGAUGCUCUGCACUCACGUGGUAUCCGCUACAGAGGCCUACUCUAAUCAGCAGGCAUCCUGCUUGACCACUUUGUAUGCUUUUUACACCACUGCAGUGAUGGGCAUGAUUGAACAAACGCUCAUCACUGAGGUUCAGGUGAACCACUUCCUGCCGACUCUUCUUCACGGCCUGAAGAGCCCUAUUCUCGACUUUGCCGCCAGCAGUUACAUGAUCGUCGCGAAAACGAUGACUAAGGUAAAGUUUAACGACGACACCAUGGAGAAGUUGCUGCUGAAGACCUUCAAGAAAACGCAUCUGCAGCAAGAAGCCGUCGUUUUGCUCCUCUAUCUUUACCAGGCUCCAAGUAAUCGACUGACCCUGGUACCGCGAAGUCUGGUCCUCCAAUUGUCCAAUUUGACCUGGUUCGUCGAGAUAGCCGCCAAGGUCCACUCGUCGGGCACUAACGCGUCGCGAUUCGUCGUGUCUUUUUUUCGGACGGCUUGCCAGCUAGUCGCCGAGAACGUCGAGGAUACUUUCAGCGUCCAGAAUAUGAUAGAUGAUCUUUUGAUGCGCGUCAAACUUGAUGAUGCUGCGAUAGACGCUAUUUUGUCGGGCAUGCUAACGUCCGAGUCUUUCAAAGCUGAUAUACCUAAGGUCGCGAAGGACUUUCUCGCGCGAUUCUAUCAGAACUUUGAGCGCAGCUACCCGGAGAGAUUCGACGCGCAUCUGAAAAAACUGAUGAAGCGCGGCGAGAAUGAUGAAAAGUCGAAGCAAGCGCUACAGUUUCUCACUUCCUGCCCGUUCGGUACCAAAGAUACGCAGGAAUCGGUCGAGAUCCUCGACAAGGUGAUGCACGUUAGUGCCGCGCAGCGAACGAUCGCUCUUGAAGUGCUCGCCAAGGAGAACGUCAGCGUACCUGAGAGCUUCCGCGACAUAAUGACCAGCACACUGCAGGCCAGGUUCCGCGAUAAUGAUGUGAACGUCGUGAAAACCUUGCUCUCCUUUCCCGUGAAGAGGCUCACCAGCUUGCUGCCUACCGACGCGCUGGUGGACGACUUGUUGAUCCUGCUGUCGACGUGUCACACGGCGUCGAGAAAGGCACUGGCAAAACCGGCCUUGAAGAUUCUGCUAGAACUCUGCGAAGAGAGCGAUGACACCAGCGUGUUCAUCACGGCUCUGCCGUACCUGUUCCCGGCUACGAACGACGACGUGAAGAUCGCCACGGAGGUGCUCUCUUCGAAAUUUGCCAAAAACAAUCUGUACAUGCAAAAGGUGAUGCAGGACGUUAGCAAGUACAAUCGGGUGAACGUCGAAACGAUAUCUCACGCCGCUUUUCACAACAUCUUAGACUGUGAGUUGCUGCCGCCUACAGAGAACAUACUCAUCUCCAUGCGGCAGCAGAUCUCGCACGGCGAUGCGGCGUCCCUCUUCUUCAACAUGAUUCUCCUUGGUUCAGUGUGCCGCGUGCGGGUAGGCUCAAUGCCGGCCAAGGUCGCGCGCGACGUCAUCGAGAUGGCCACGGAGAUGAUCAAGACGUAUUCGCGCGUCGAGCUGUUAGAGGAUUGCAACAACAUCACUGGAAACAACAUUCAGGCCGCGCUUGCCCUUACAUCCGAGGGCAUCCUGCCGCUACAGGUGGGCACCUACGUUCUGGAAAUGGUGCACCGGCGACUGAACAUCAAGUCUGAGCCCCGACUCGAUUUCCACGGUAACGCGGAGCGGAGUAAUCUUAUUCUGAGGCUGAUAGAGAUGUUUAUUGAAGGUAUGGACAAUCACCUCUGGAAAAAGCACUACUCCAGGUGCCUGCAGAUCUUCUUUCAGCUGCACUUUGCCACAGCGAAGGACCUGAUCCGCUUUCUCGCUCAGUUCUAUAUCAAACCGGUCAAGGUGCAGACGUCUUAUCACUGUCUGCAGAUUACGUCGCUGCUGCUGGACCAGUGCAACUCGGUUCAGUGGGCGUUCGAGGAUCAAGACUUCGUGACUAACAUGUUGCUCGCGUUGACACGCCGUAACAACGACUGCCGCGCGGUCGCGUUGGAGAUCCUGAAUAAAUUGACGCACACUUUUAACUUGAGCGCGGAGCCGUUUGUCGUGCUGUUGCAAGAGCUGGCGACGAGGAGCGGCGAGAUCUUUCAAGACCCUGACCAGCUCUCGAUGAGCCUGUACAUCCUUCUUUCACCCGAUCCUGAUGUGUCGCAUCAAAUGAAACAGCGCAAGAAGCUGCAGCAGGCUCAGCAGCAACUAUUCGACGUGGUGAUGGAGCAGGACAUAACGUCCUACGUUCCGUUGGACCGUAGAUCACAGCUUCUUGAUGCUCUGAUACACGUCAACAGUACCGAGAUCCUUCAGCGACUGGCACCGCUGGGUCUCCAGCUGCUGCAAACGCUGGCGGAAGACGGGAAUAAUCAAUCAGCCGGUAGCAUAUUGCGAAAUAUCCUGCAGCGCUUCAACACGACCACGGUGGAUGCCCUGAACGACGAGCAAGUGUGGUCGCUCUUCGAGAAGAGCAUCCUGGAGCACGAGCCGCGAGCAAUUACACAGUUCACCGAGCAAACGUCUCCGAGUGUGGUGCUACUGAAGCAGAUCGAUGAGACGUUCUUCAAGAAGGCCGGCGGCUUGCAAUCGCGGAUCUUCGCCAAGCUGCUGGACGUGGUGACCGACUGCGAGAUGAGCGCUGUAAUUUCCGCGGCGAGUCGCACGAUCCGCCGGAUCCACAUCGACGCGACGAUCAUCGUGUCGGAACUGGAGACGAUGAAACUGACUCAGGAAGAGGAGCUCGCAGCGGGCACGCAGACGGCGGCCAGCGCGAAGAAACAGAAGAGGCGGCAGAGCAUGAUCCGAGUGGCCAAUCCGGCGAUGGUGCACAGCCGCGCGUGGAAGCGCGGCGUCACGCUGCUGGAAUUCGUACAGAGCGCUGACAACAUCGAGCGCGAGGAGCUGCUGUACAGCAUAUUGUUCGAUUUACUCAACGUCUGCCUGAGCCUCGAGGAGCAGAGCCCGGUCGAGUACACGAACCAGUUGAUCCUGUCGACGAUCCACCGUCUAAUGACGAGUCUGCCGGUGCGUGACGCCAAUCUGCAGAUCCCGCUCAUCACCAAAUGCGUCCGAUCGUCACGCAAUCCACAGACGCAUCAUCACGCGUUGUUGGUGCUAGUGGAGUUGCUGAAACAAGCGGACGUGCGCCGAGCCCUCUUCAACAUCAUGCCGAUCUUCACGUUCAUGGGCAGUACGGUGGUGCGUCAGGACGACGCGUAUUCGAUUCAGAUUAUUACCAAAACCCUAGAGACGGUGGUACCGAUCGUGAACGCGACCGACGAUGAGACUCACGCGUGCGAGGUGCUGAGGACCUUCAUCGUCUCGCUGCCGCACAUUCCGGAGCACAGGCGGACGCCACUCUUUAUCAAGUUGCUGCAACUCCUCGACAAUCAUCUUCAUCUGUACUAUCUGCUGACUUUUGAGAGUCACGCGAUGAAGAUCGCGAGCCAGAAGAUUGAACAACCGGCUCAGUGGUUGGACUUUGCUCUUCAAGUAUCCCAGGAGUUCUCACCGCAGCGGUUGCUUCAGAUUUGCGUGAAGCUGGCCGAGUUCAUCAAAGUUCUGCCCAUUGACAUUGAAGACGAGCAAGGCAGAAGAGCAGCAAUGAAGUUUCCGUACAAGCACAUUUACGACGUGACCAAGUCUACGCCGAAGAGCUUGCGACACUAUAAGAUAACAGCCAUGCAGUUGAUGAGUGGUCUGUUAUCAUCCCAAGAUUUCAUCAAUCGCGUGGCCCUGCUGAACCAGGAUGAGGCAAGCGAGAUGAACGAGCACUGCAACCGUUUUGCAAUCGAGCUGAUCCUGCUGAUCCAGACCACUUCGAGGACCGCUGAUCAGCAUCAGAACAAACCGAGCGCCAAGUAUUGGAAGGUGUUGCUGCACCAUCUUUAUGACGUGCUGGACCUGGUGAACAAUUUACUGCCGAAUGUGCAGUUCCUGAGGAGCAUCAAGAACCUGAUGAAGCACGAGCUGUUGUCCGUGAGAAAGAAGGCGCUGGAGCUGCUGAACGCGCGGUUGCUCCAGAAAAAAUUCAACGAGGAAGAUCACGUCGAUCUUCUGAGCCUGAUCGAAUCCCUAAUGGACUUUAUCGACGUCCAGAAGAAGACUGAGACGCAGGAGGAAGAGAUCGUUCAGCAGACAGUGCUGAUAUCCCUGAAGCUGCUGGCGAAGCUGCUGGCGACUAAUCAUUCUAUCGUUUUCAAACCGAUUUUGGACAUGACAACGGAGCUGCUACGAUCGAAAGAGGGUCCAGUGCUGGCCAGUGCGGCUUUAUGCGUCGCAGAACUAUGCAGCUCCAUGAAAACAUACGCUCUGCACUCGUUAAACAAAUUCGUGCCGGCGAUCUUGAAGUUGUUGAGCAGCCACUGCCACCAGCCUGUGCCGGAUGUGACAGUCAUCAGUAUCGUGAGUGCAUUGCAGAAGAUAGUAGAGUCCAUGGGAAAUUUCUUGUCGCUCUAUCUGGACCAGCUCUUGUUCGAAUUGACCAGAUUAAAUUCACUGUACACCGACACGGAGCACCCUAAGAUCGGCGUGGUGGUUUCGCGGCUGAAGACGACCACGCAAAAGUUGUCCAACAGUAUACCCCUGCGUGUGCUGCUACCGGCCGCCAACAGGACUUACCAGACCCUGUUGAGUAAGAAGUUUUACCAGUGUAUACCGUCAUUGAUGAGCGUGCUGGCCGAGUCCUUCGACAACGUCCAGCCGGCAGACUUGAAAGUAGAGAUUGACAAUCUUGCCAAGUUCUUCCUUGAGGUUCUCCAGUUCCGCGAGGACAUCGAGAAUGAUAUGGAGGGCGAUGACGAAAGGGAUACCUUGAAGGACAUCGUCGCGGUGGAAGAGAGUGCCAGCAAGGCACUGGUAGCGUUGGUACUUAAGUUGAGCGAGGCGACUUUCAAGCCACUAUAUGACAGAUUGUACGAUUGGGCAGUGAGCAAUCCGCAGUACAAGCAGCGCAAUAUAACAUUCUACAGACUAUCAGCGAACAUAGCGGAGUGCUUGAAGUCCUUGUUCGUCCUGUUUGCCGGACGCUUCCUGAAGCACGCGGCGUCGUUGCUGAGCAGCAACAACCUGCUCGCCACGGACGCGCCGCAGGAACUGACACUGCCCGACGAGUGGAGUAAAAUCGAACUGGUGGAGGCGAUUCUGCUGACGCUCCAUCGAGUGUUCGGCUACGACGCGCACAACUUCGUCAGUCAGGACCGAUUCGAGAUCCUCGCGCAACCGAUAGUCGACCAGGUGGAGAACACGAUAGGCACGCGUGAGGAGUACGAAGCUCGUGCCAACCGCUUGAUCGUGCCCUGCAUAGCCUCCUUCGUCAGCGCGAUCCCUGAUGACUCGUUGCACAAGCAGCUGGUUUACCAGAUAUUGCUGAAGACUAGACACGCGAAGCCUUACGUCAGGAGCACUGCGCUGAACGCAUUAGUGGAAAUUGCGAGGAAACUGGGCGAAGAUUUCAUGCCGCUGUUGCCAGAAACCGUGCCAUUCCUAGCAGAAUUGUUGGAGGACGAAGACGAAGCGACCGAAAAGUGCGCGCAGAACGCUGUUCGCACUCUGGAAGAGAUUUUGGGAGAGCCUUUGCAAAAAUAUUUCUAAUUUAUCUGAAAUUUCUUUGAUUCAGAUAUGUAAAUAUUGUAAAUAGGUAUUUUAAUAAAAGUUUUGUGACAAGUAUCAAUUUCUUCAAAAUAAGUAGUUUUACUUACAACUUUUGUGACAUAAAACUACAGUUAAGUUACAUUUUUUUUAUUUUCUUUAUAUUUUUAUAUAAUUUUCUUGUGUUUUAUUAACAAUCUGCGAAAAUAGUCCGUAAAACGCAUAGAAAAUAAAUUAAAAGUAAUGCGAAUGAUAAAAUUAAAAAUUAAUGUAAUAGGUGAGUUGAAAAAAAAUGAACUUUGUCUUUCUUUAAGACCUUUAGAAAUGAAUAUAUAACAAAUAUCGAACUAACCGAUACAUUUCUUUGGGAUUAUCGAGUCAAAGAAUCAGCUUCACUAAAUAAAAAAGUAAUCGAGAACAGACGCGCAAGCGGCUACUAAGAAAACGUUGGUUUAUUUUUAACUUAUCCACAAUCUGGACGAAAUAUAGAAUAUAUUAUUUC